AUGGGUGACUUCACUAACUAUGGAGGCACCGAGGAGGAGAACGCCGAGAUAAAGCGGCUCAAUGCUGAACUCGAAACCGAUCCCGAUAAUUUCGAGAACUGGGAGAAACUUGUCCGGACUUGCGAAAGCCUCGAGGGUGGACUCAAUCGCAACUCAAGCCCUCAGGCUUUGGCGACACUCCGCGAUUCGUACGAUCGCUUUCUCUUGAAAUUUCCGCUGCUUUUCGGUUACUGGAAGAAGUAUGCCGAUCUCGAGUUCAACAUAUCCGGCCCCGAAUCCGCUGAGAUGGUAUACGAGAGGGGCUGCGCCAGCAUCACCAACUCGGUUGAUCUGUGGACCGAGUACUGUUCUUUCAAAAUGGAGACCACUCACACUCCCCACCUUGUGAGAGAGUUGUUCGAGCGAGCCGCUUCCCAUAUCGGCCUGGAUUUCCUCUCUCAUCCGUUCUGGGACAAGUAUCUCGAGUAUGAGACGCGACAGGAAGCCCACGAUAAGAUCUUUGCCAUUCUCAAUCGCAUCAUCCAUAUUCCAAUGCAUCAGUAUGCCCGCUACUUUGAGCGAUUCCGGCAGCUUGCGCACACGCGUCCGCUCAUCGAGCUCGUCCCAGCCCACGCAUUAGCCCGCUACCGUGCCGAAGUUGAAGCCGAGGCCGCCCAAUUCGCCAUGCAGAAGACGGAACUCGAAAUUGAGCGAGAUAUUCGGGCGAAGAUUGAUGCAUUCUUCUACCUGACAUUCCAAAACACCCAGACCGAAACCAACAAGCGGUGGACGUACGAGGCCGAGAUUAAGCGGCCAUAUUUCCAUGUCACAGAGCUGGAGCAUCACCAGCUAAUCAAUUGGCGCAAGUACCUCGACUUUGAGGAGUCGGAGGGCAAUUAUCAGCGCAUAGUCUUCCUGUACGAGAGGUGUCUCGUAACCUGCGCUCUCUACGACGAAUUUUGGUUCCGAUAUGCUCGAUGGAUGGCGGCACAAGAGGGCAAAGAGGAAGAGGUGCGCAACAUCUACUUGCGCGCAUCUACUUUGUUCGUGCCCAUCAGCCGACCGGGCAUUCGUCUGCAGUUUGCCUAUUUCGAAGAAAUGUGUGGCCGUGUCGAUGUUGCUCGAGACAUCCAUGCUGCUAUUCUUAUGAAGUUGCCGGACUGUGUUGAGGCAAUUGUUUCGUGGGCCAACCUCCAGCGACGCCAGAGUGGCCUCGAUGCCGCAAUCGAGGUGUACAAGGCGCAGAUCGACUCUCCGGUUGUGGAUAUAUUCACCAAGGCCGCGCUCGUGACCGAAUGGGCGUUCCUAUUGUGGAAAGUCAAGGGUUCAGUCGAUGAGGCUCGUACUGCCUUCGCCAAGAACGUGGAGUGGUACGCCGACAGCCGCCACUUUUGGCAAAAGUGGCUUGAGUUUGAGCUCGAGCAGCCGACCAACAUUGAGUUGGAGAACCAGCAUGCUGAGCGGGUCAAGACCGUCUUUACCGAGAUGCGUGCCAAGAGCCGCCUUUCGCCACACGUGAAGCAGGAGUUGGGCCAAGUCUACCUCAACUAUCUGCAGCAGCGUGGAGGGAAACAAGCCAUGAAGGAGUUUUUGCUUGUCGACCGGGAGUUGUUUGGUCCGCAGUCCAUUUCUCUCAUUACAAAGGCCAAGCAAAACAAGGAAAGCAGCGGCAUCCCCGAGCUAGACGAAGCGACGCGCCUCAAAGCCGAGAAACGCUUCUACAACUACUACGAACUGCACAUGGACCCGGACCCGAAUGCUCAGGGACCCGCGAGCUUUGACUAGAGAGCACGCGCGGGGGUGCAGCUCAUUAAACGUGUAUCAUAAUCAUGGUAUGAAACCAGCUGGGUAUGUCGGUGGCGGUUUCGUUGGAUGGUUCAGCGCAGCAGUUCGUGCGCUCGGUUGGCGUCGCUCGGUUUUCGCGGGUUGGUGGGAAUGCGUGUCCUGGUUGGUGUCCGAGUUGUUUGGUGGUAGACUGGUGGUAGUAAGAUGCGGAGCUGGCUGUCGGUUUCCAGUUUAGCUCUGUACCCUCCACCUGGGUAAUGUGUAUGAGUUAUAGGUCUUGAGC